AAAAGCCACCCGAUUCCGUUGCUUAAAAAAAAGAGAGAAAGGUAAAAAAUUUUUCUCCCUUUCCCGAAAUCAAAGCUCUCUUGCUAUCUCUCGGCUAAAAAAAAAAAAAAUAAAGAAAGAAGGAGAGAAAAGAGAACCAAAAGGUUUUCUCUCUCUCUCUCUCUCUCUCUCUCUCUCUCUCUCUCUCGCGUUGCUCUUCGCCGAUCCCCGUCGCUCCCGCGCUGUCGCUCCUCGUCGACCUCCCCGCCGCCAAGGUCGGCCGCUCCGAGGCACCGCACCGCUAAGGUCGUCUGCUCCGAGGCAUGCCCGCGUCACUCCGAGAUGCCUCGGCCCGGGGCAUCGCUCCUCGCCCAUCCCCGUCGCUCUCGAGCUGUCGCUCCUCGUCGAUCACCACGCCGCCAAGGUCGUGAGCUUCGAGGCAACCCGCGUCGCUCCGAGACACCUUAACCCGAAGCGCACCAAGGCCGCCCGGACAUGCUCCAACCCAUGUUCUAACCCGAGGCUGCCCGCGUCGCUCUUCGCCAACCCAUACCACCUGCGUUGCUCCGAGACACCCCGACCUGAAGCGUCACUUCUCGACAAUCUCCGCGCGCAUGGCCGCGGACUUCGCCCCAAACUCCUCUGCGGUCUCCGCGACAGCAUCAACUCCGACAUCACCGCGAGCCGCCAUCGCCGCCGCUCCUCGACUUCUCUGCGCGCAUGGCCGCGGACUCCACCGACCUCGCCGUCCUCGACUCGAAGCCGCGCCACCCGCAGCUGAUCUGCCUGAAGCCGCGCCACCCGCGGCCGAUCCGCCCGAAGCCGCGCCACCCGCUGCCGAUCCGCCCGAAGCCGCGCCACCCGCGGCUAAUUCGUCGAUGCCCAUGCCGAACCGCCGCCCAUGACUCUGCUCGUGAUCUAAGCCGAUCCGUCGACGCCCGCGCGCCGUCGUCAACUUUGAUGGCUCGAACCCGAGGAGUUCCCUCUGAUGCCGCGUCGCUCCACCUCGAAGGCCGCAACCCCGUCGAUGCCCCGCCGCUGUCGUGGCCCUUCACCGCUGCAGAGUAUCGCCGUCACGACCCUCCUCCGUCGCGGUCUCAGAUCCGCGGCUCCACUGUCGGGUCACAGCCCCAGCGGAGCUCCGGCAUCAGCAAAGCCCGCCAGCUGCUCGACGGCGAUCCUGAGAGAGAGAGCGGUGCUCUCCUCUCAAACGGGUUCCGCCCGCCAAGUGCUUGAUGUGCCCGGAGUCCGCCCACCAACCGCUCGACGGCGAUCCUGAGAGAGAGAGCGGUGCUCUCCUCUCAAACGGGUUCCACCCGCCAAGUGCUCGAUGUGCCCGGAGUCCUCCCACCAACCGCUCGACGGCGAAUCUGAGAGAGAGAGCGGUGCUCUCUUCUCAAACAACGGCAAAUUCGAGAGAGAGAGAGAGAGAGCAGUGCUCUCCUUUCAAAUGAAGUUAGAUCCACUCGCCAAGUGCUCGACGGCGAAAUUGAGAGAGAGAGCGAUGCUCUCCUCUCAAAUGAAGUCAAGUCCGCCAACCGCUCCGACAACGAAUCCGAGAGAGAGAGAGCGGUGCUCUCCUCUCAAACAAAGUUCGCCCGCUAAUUGCUAGGUGGCGAAUCAUAAAGAGAGCGAUGCUCUCAUUUACCGACUAAUCAUUCGACGAAAUACUUCGUCGUCGACGUGCUAAUCAAACCGCUCGAUGGAAUGCCGAGAUGAACAUCGAUGGUGCUUUUUGCAAAAUAUCACCAAAAAGAGAGAUCACUCUAAAAGAGAGAGAGAGCUUUGACAAAAUCACAUUAGACGCUUCAAAUUAAAUUGAAAUUUAAUUUGUUAUUCAAAUCCAGAAUUUGAAGAAAAUGUAUAUGAAAAUCUUAAUUGAUCAAAACUUUUUUUUUUAAUAAAACCUCGAGACAUGAAUUUAGGCCCGAUCAUAUGGACCUAAGUCAUUGAACCUCAACCCAUCCGUAUUA